CCACCGAAAGGCGACCGUAGGGUAGGAACAUGGUAGGCGACAACUCGACCGGACUCCCGUCCAACGGGACCGACUUCAGCAGCGUCUUGACCCGGGACGUCUUGCCCAUCCUCUACUUUCUCAUCUUCGCCGCGGGUUUGGUGCUCAACUCGUUGGCCGCCUGGAUCUUCUUCAAAGAGGUGGGCGGCUCGGGUCUCGUCGUCUACCUGAAGAACAUGGUGGUCGCCGACAUGCUGAUGCUGUUCACGUUUCCGUGGCGCGCCGCCAACGACCUGGGGCUGGGGGGCUUGAACCUCCGCGUGGCCGUGUGCCGCUACAGCGCCGUGCUCUUUUACUCCAGCAUGUACGUGAGCAUCGCGUUCCUGGGCCUCAUCGGCCUGGACCGCUACGUGAAGGUGGUGUGCUCGGGUUCGUGGCGCACCCGUCUGCAGAGCGUGGCCUUCGCCCGGGGCAUGUCGCUGCUCACGUGGCUGCUGCUGCUACUCGUCAUGUUGCCCAACAGCUUUCUGAGCAGCCAGAGGCCGAGGCAGAACCACACCUUCAGCUGCAUGAGUCUGAAGACGCCGCUGGGGAUGCGCUGGCACCACGCCUCCUCCAUCCUGAGCGUGGCCAUCUUCUGGGCGACGCUGCUGCUCCUGGCCUUCUGCUACGCGGCCAUCGUCCGCCGGGUGUACCGGUCGUACCGGCGCGUCCGGCGCAGCAAGGUGCACAAGAAGUCGAACCGGAGCAUCUUCAGCAUUCUGCUGGUGUUCACCGUGUGCUUCGUGCCGUACCACAUGUGCCGCAUCCCCUACACGCUGAGCCAGGAGUCGGACUCCGCCUUCAGCCCCGGCGUCCGCUACCUGCUCACCCAGCUCAAGGAGACCACGCAGUUCCUGUCCGCCCUCAACGUGUGUCUCGAUCCCAUCAUCUACCUGUUAAUGUGCAGAACCUUCCGGGAGGCUCUGAUCAGCAAGUUCUCCAGCAGGUCCGUCAAGGCCAGCAGCAGGUCCCAGGACUCCCCGGCGAGUAUUAGCAAUGCGUGA